AUGGGUGGAUGUUCUGCUCCAAACUGCUCUAACUCUACAACAAUAGGAAAACAACUCUUUCGCUUUCCGAAAGAUCCUGUACGUAUGAGGAAAUGGCUUAUAAACUGUCGGCGUGACUUUGUGCCAACCCCUUGCUCCAGGCUGUGUCAGGACCAUUUUGAAGAGAGUCAAUUUGAAGAAAUCGCCAGAUCGCCAGCAGGGGGAAGGAAACUCAAACCGAAUGCUAUACCAACCCUAUUCAACGUGCCUGACCCCCCCUCACCAAUCACACCACAUAUUGUAUUACCAAUUAAACACGAGCCAGUGGAGAAGGACCUGAAUGUUGGCGACCAUGGUUACGCUCGCAGGCAACCCAAAGAGGAUUUAGAAGACGAGGCAGGUCUUCAAAGGGCUGAAGAAGAACGGCCUUGUUCUCUCUGUCAGCACUACAAGACCCAGCUGGAGCAACAGCAGCAACACAUAGCCAGACUCCAGAGAGAGGCAAAGGAUAUGAAAAAGCGCCUUCAGAAGCUGAAUAAAAUCGAGAGGGGUCUGCAGAUGUUCCUGUACGAGGAUCAGAUCCGGGCCCUCACUCUGGCCAAGCGGUCCCGUCGGGCCGUUUGGUCCCAAGACACUGUCCUGACCGCUCGCAAGAUCCGCUGCGCCGUCGGGGUCAAAGGGUACGAAUUUCUCCGAGAGCUGGGAUACCCGCUUCCUUCCUACAGGACUCUGUGCAAUCGCCUGGAGCCUAAGAUGAUGGUGACGACCAGCAUGCAAGAGGAACUGGCUGAGCUGGGGCUGGGCAUCCUUACCGAAUGCAACGGGUCGGAGGGAAACGCAGCCAAUGACGAGGGACUUAUCGGAGUGAUGACAUGAAAGCUGCGUGUUUUUUGUAAUUAGGUUUGUCC